ACUCAAGCAUCUUUUGGCUGUACUGGAUCAAGCGGGAGGCUGAACAGGCCCGGUUGUCAAUGGAAGAUUUAUUUCGAAUUCGCUCACCCGUCUUUCCCGAUUAUCAGCAGGAUUUUGUUUCUGACGCAAUAUAACACGUUUUACUCUAGGCCGCAUGUGCGCCCAGGGAGGAAAUGGCUUGCUGUUCUGAAUUUGGUGUUCGCUAUUGCGGCCAGAUAUCAUCAGCUCGUGCAGUGGAACAAUCCGGGACACGAAUCCAACCAUUUAUUAUAUUUCUCCCGGGCAUGGAAUCUCUGUCUAAGCGACUCUUUGACAGGCCACCCGGAUCCCCAACAGGUGCAAGUUGAGGGUUUGGCUUCCUUCUACCUUAUGUCAGUGGGUCAUGCAAAUAGAGCCUGGAGGAUGUGUUGCCUGUCGAUUAGCUCCGCCAUUGCAAUGGGACUCCAUCUUCGAAACGAAAACAGCGGUAUUCCUGUUGUUUCUAAAGAAAACCGCUACUUUGUAUGGUGGUCUCUUUACACCUUGGGUAUUACACUUUCUAUUGUCACCGGCCGCGGGCCUAGCAUCAACUAUCAUUUUAUGACCACACCCCUUCCCAUACCUUUUCAGGAUCAGACGCUCUGGGAUAUAGAUUCCCUUUCUUUAAUCAAGGAUUACAGGGCUCUUGGUCUGUUAACCAGACCUCAAGAGUUAAAUGAUCAGGGAAACGAUGUUAGCGAAUGUGCUGCAACGACGCUUCCAGCGGUAGACAGUGUCUUCGCGUCUUUUGACCGAAGCAGCGUCGGGCAAACCCCGCAAGGGGGGCGAAAAAUCGCUCCUAAUGAAUCGCUCUAUUUUCUUUACUUUGUUGAAUUGACUCUCUUUACACAGGAAUCAAUCGGAUCUUUAUAUGCCCCAGCCGCUGUCCGGAGACCGUGGCCGAACAGAGAGGCUUUUAUCAUUAUUAACAAUAAAAAGGUGGAGACAUGGUCCCACCAACUGCCCCCUGAGUACCAGUUUCAGCGCAUAGAGCCUGGUCAGGCUCAUGUUCGACAGAGCGUUAGCUUGGCUUUCUGUUACUAAGCUGCAAAAUCCUUUUGCUUCAGCCCUGCCUUCGCCGUCUCAGCAACCAUUCCAGUGAAGCUUGCAAAUCUCUGGCCGCGUCAUGUGUGGAAGCAGCGUCUCUCAUGCUCUGUCUCCUGCCGGACCAUCCCGAUACUUCAUGGUUGUACACGGUUGCUCCGUGGUGGUGUGCACUACACUAUAUUAUGCAGUCUACCAGUGUACUGUUAAUGAAGCUAUGUAAACUUGGAGCCGGUGGCCCAGAUCCGUC